AUGACUUAUACCAGCCUACCCGGGCUCCCCUUCGAGUUAUGGCAAUCCAUCGCAUUACAUCUAUCUAAUGCUAACAUAAAAUCAUACCGCCUGGCAUGUAGCCAAUUCAACAGUGCUGCGCUUCUCCGCAUCGACCGGGUUUUCUUAUCUGCCAACCCACUCAACAUAGAAGUCUUUGGCGGCAUUGCAUCCCACGACAAAUUUUGCCACGGAGUAACCGAGAUCAUCUGGGACGAGGCGCGCUUGCCGACAGGCUCACAGAGAACAUGCGGCAUCGAUGAGGGACAUGAAUUGCUCUCAAACGAGGAUGAGCCCGGCAAUACAAGAGAGUGGGCCAGAAAUUAUGGCUCUAUGUUCCAGGAGGAGAUCGUUGAGCGACAUCAGCCAGAGGAGGAAGAUUGGUGUCCCAGGUGGUUUAAGCAGGCCUGCAAUGAAAACAUCGACCAUCUUAGGCGGCGGAAGAGUUCGGACGUGGACUGGCCCGACCAUGUUGCGCGUGGAGAACAGCUUUUGGCUCAGCCUCCGCCGAGGGAGUGCUGA